UGCGGGAAAGAUUUCCCUGGGACUACCUGCAGCUUAUUUUGUGUAGGCGAUUCUUCAGUGCAUUUCAGAAACCUUGUUGGGACACUUCUGGAUUUCUGCUAACUUGCGGACGGACUGUGGCAGGUUUUCGGUUUGGGAACAAAGAAGAAGCGCGGCUUUACCCCAUUUCUCGGUGGACUUGAUGCUCUUUCCUGGGUCCUGGAGUGACAUGAUCCUCUGCGUUCAAGGAUCCUAUCCUUUGGUAUCAGAGGAGAAACUUCGGAGGCUGCCAGUUGAAGGCCUUGCAGUGAAUGUGUCAGAACAGAUGAUGCAGCCUCUAUCAGUCACAUCCUUCCAAGAACAGUCCGCCCCUCCCCUGGCAAUGCCCAGGCUUGAAAGCAACUCACCUCAAACACGAGACCCAGAGGAGGAUCUGCUAUGCAUUGCCAGAACAUUUUCAUUUCUGCGAGAAUCUGGCUGGUAUUGGGGUUCCAUUACAGCCAAUGAAGCCAAGCAGCAGCUCCAGAAGAUGCCGGAGGGGACUUUUCUGGUACGGGACAGUGCUCAUCCCAGCUACUUGUUCACACUAUCCGUAAAGACCAACAGAGGUCCUACCAAUGUACGCAUUGAAUACGCCGAUAGCAAGUUCCAGUUAGAUUCCAAUUGCCUCUCCAAACCUCGGGUUUUGGCCUUCCCGGAUGUGGUUAGCCUCAUCCAGCAUUAUGUUCUUUCUUGUACUGUAGAGAGCAAGAGCGAUGCUCCCUACCCGCCUCCCAUGCCUUUGCCUCCCCCACAAAAGGAGAUGAUAGCAUCGGCAGUACAUCUGAAGCUCAUCCAGCCGCUCGGCCGCAAGGACAUUGCCCCCAGCCUGCAGCACCUCUGCCGACUACAGAUCAAUCGAAGCACUGGAGAGACAGACCAAUUGCCUCUACCAAAGAGAAUGAAGGACUAUUUGAAGCAGUACCCUUUUCAACUUUAAAGGCAGCCAGUCUGACUGGGACAAGCAACCGAAAUAACGCGGGAAAACAUCCCAUUCUGGCAACAGAUUGACUUUGACUCAUUGAUGAGGUUAUGUUCUUAAGUGGGCACAGUAUAUUAAAUUGCCAAAGGAAGAGACUGUUUUUCCCAUCAUCCUCUCCCUUAUUUUUCUCAGUUACCUAAUUUCAUUCUUAUGCCAUGGAGGAGGCAGUAUGCACAAGGUACACAAAUCCAAGGCUAAAAGCUCAAGACGAUUCUCUUUUUUCUCUGCAGAAAGGAAGGACUCUUGGCAUGUGCAGACUACUUGAAUUGGGCAGUCACAACUGGUGCAAGGAAUGUUCAGGCCUCAGAACUGUAUUAUUUAUUCCCAUGGUACUCUCUCUUUUUUUGCUAUUUCUGAGUACAUAUAGAUUGAAUAUCCUUUUACUUUUGCAAGCAAAUUUUUUAAACAUGGGCUCAAACCUUAACUAUGUGAGACAGUCUUGCAGUAGUUCAUUAUGGACUUGAAUGAAGUCUUCUGGCCAUUGGCUACUCUAUAAUCUGUCUUGAUAUCUUCAUACUCAAAUAUAAGAUAAAUAUAUUGGAAGUGUAUAAAAGUUUGAUUCUAGUUACAGUCAACAUCCAGUCUUCGGGGUUCCCAUUAAGUUGAUAAAGAAAAAACUUGCUUAUUCAAAGUUAUUGAGCUUGGAUUAGUAAGUCCGCUUUUCUUUCCCUUUUUGAAGAGGCUAUUCCUAAUUUGAAUCAAUUAAAUCCAAAUGAUGUUUUGUUAAAAUUACACAGUGAAGAUGCCUAUAUAUCUGUCCUAUGAAGCAUAGCAUUGUCCUUGGAGAAAUGGUCACAUCCUGAACUUUGUAUAAAGUUCAUUUCUGUAGCAUUUUUAUAUCUUUUGGGAGGGAAAAUUCAGGAAUCAGGCCAUUUUUCUCCUAUUACCAUAUUGGUGUCAACUUGUUAGCUGAAAUAUUAACUCACAUUAUUGCUGUAUUAGCACAAAGGAGCUUCAGGGAGAACACAAUACCGAUAGAUUAUUUACCACCAUUUUUCUGAGUACUUGCCCACUUUCAUUCUGAUGCUCCUCCAUGGACAGAGAAGAUAGCAGGAAUUAAGUGUCACUCCAGCUUCCAUCUUUUCCAAUUGCUCUGAUGCACCUUAUAUUUGUUAGGUAGGAAGCUAAGACACUACAUUGUUGUUUGUAUAAGGGUAAGAAAGAAUUAUUGGCAUUAAUUCUGCCUUCCAUUCCUUCCUCUGUCUUACAAUAACAGUAGCUGAGGAUGGAAAAUUUGUGUUGUCAAAAGACUGUCCUUCAUUAUAUGUCAAAUCCUCAGGAGAGUUAUACAUAUUUUCAUGGUUUUAUAGUUCAACAGUGAAUACCUCUGCUACCUGUGUGAGCUCCAGGAAGGGAUAAAAUUCUAGGGCAGUCUUUUCUAACCUGGCACUCUUCAGAUGGGGGACUACAACAUCCUGAAUUAUAAUUGGCCCUGCUGGUGGAGAAUUCUGGGUGGUAUAUUCCCAGUAUAUCUGAAACUGUCCUAGAUACAACUUGAAACAAAAGGAGCAGUAUACUCCUUCAACAAUCCAACGUGGCUUGGUAUAUUUAGUCAGCGUCCAUUUCUUCUCAUGUUUUUUUUUCAGAAUUUGUUGUACGUCUGGUUUUAUUUUAGAUACUUUAAUAACUGACAGAAUGUGUGUGUGUGUGAUGUCUGGUUUGUUGAUCACAAUGCUCUCCAUUUCUGGAACAAGGGCAAAUGAAUGGGAGACUAUCUAUUAAAACAGAAAA